GAAGAUUGAGCCGCAAACAUGAACCAACCUCGACCUGGAGCUCUUUUGAAAAUGAGGUUCCUAAUGAGCUGUGAAGGGACUGAAUCGGCGGGAUGAGGGCUUUAUAUUCAUCGGUCCGCGCACCGAUAUUACGCAUCAGUAGAGGCACGUUCUACCGACACCAUCCUUCUGCGCAGGUGUCGCACCCUAACCCGCCGCUGUUCAAGGAUCUCGACUUUGAGCUUUCCUCCACCGCCCAGUUGGCCAAUGGAGAAAAGCAACAGCACUGGUGCAUAGUCGGUCCUUCUCUCAGCGGGAAGACCACAUUUCUUGAGGUUCUGCGUGGUUUUCACCUCAGCAUACCUCCCACGGCCAGGUCGUACCCGUACCUGUCAACAGAUGCCUUCCCUUGCCACCUGAGGACGCCGCACCAGGCGAUUCAGUAUGUGGGGUUUGAUGCAAGCAGCUCGUCCGGCCUUGGCCCUCCGACGAGCACUUAUCUCGCUGCGAGGUACGAAUCUCGCCGUGAGGAUACAGACUUUUCGCUCCGGGACUAUCUGCUCGGAAACACCGAGCUUAACCCCGCUGAGAAACCCGGUCAGUCCGCCGCUGAAGAGGAGAAGCUCCUGGGGCGCGUUGUUCACGACUUGAAGCUUGCGCCCCUACUCGAACUCCCGGUUUCAUUUCUCUCCAACGGCCAAGGUUGUAGGGCACGUAUUGCUAGGGCAUUGCUGCGAACCCCUGAGGUCCUGUUGUUGGACGAGCCGUUCAUGGGCCUCGACCCUCCCACUGUGGUAGCUCUUAGUCCGUUCCUGCGUGGAUUGGCAGAGCAAGCGGCUCCCAGGCUAGUCCUCAGCAUUCGACCCCAGGAUCCCUUGCCAUCAUGGAUUAGCCAUAUCGUGUAUUUGGGCAACAACUGUCAGGUUGCUUCGAUAGGUCAGAAGGAGGAUGUCAUGGACCAACUAAGGUCCUAUGUUAGUCGAGUAGCUGACUCCAAGACACCCGAGGACCCUACGCUCCCUGUAUCUGCGCUGAGGGAGAUGGGGAGGACAUUAACGGACGACGGGGUUGAGGGGGUCGUUUUCGAUGCUGUUGGGUUGCAGAGCAGUAUCGCCAUGCCUGAACUUCCCAGAGCGGCCAUCAAUGGGGCAACUAGUAUUGGAGAGCCCUUGGUAGAGAUGAAUGGGGUUCAAGUCGGGUAUGGCGAUAAGAUUGUACUCGGCAACUGGGACAACGAUACUAUAACUGGCCAAACCGGUCAAAAGGGCUUGGUUUGGACAGUUCGUCGGGGCGAACGCUGGGGUAUCUUUGGAGCAAACGGCUCGGGCAAGACAACUCUCUUCAGCCUGCUGGGCUCAGACCAUCCUCAGUGUUAUUCACAACCGGUGAAACUGUUUGGGCGCAGUCGACUUCCCGAGCCAGGGUCUGGCCAGCCGCCGUUGACUUUCUGGGACAUACAAGAACGCAUCGGGCACUCCAGUCCUGAGAUACACGGCGCUAUACCCCGGCGACUCAGCGUGCGCCGUGUACUCGAGACGGCAUGGGCCGAGACGUUCAUCAGCACACCGAAGUUGGAAAAGAACGCUAGUGAGAAGGUGGAAGCGACUCUUGUCUGGUUCGAACGAGAGCUGAACCCCGCGGUGCGCCGCGAGAAUGAGCAAACAAACCAUGGCUCAGGCUCUAGCACUUUGAAAUGGGCCGACGAUUAUCUGUUCGGUGAGCUUUCCUUCAGCGCUCAACGCGUGUUACUACUCCUUAGGGCAAUCAUCAAAAGCCCAGACAUUGUGGUGCUCGAUGAGGCCUUCAGCGGCAUGGACGAGGCGGUCCGGGACAAGUGCAUGCUUUUCAUCGCGCACGGCGAGGAGAAGAUUCUCGCUGCCAGAGGCGGCAGGCAGGUUAUGGUGGACAGUCAAGCCAAGCAGGAUGGCAAUGUCCGCGUCACGGGUCUCUCGGAUCGGCAGGCGUUCAUCUGCAUCAGUCAUGUCAAGGAGGAAGUGCCAGACUUUGUGAGGGAGUGGCUUUGUCUGCCAGAGGCCACUUCUCGGUUGCCGGCGCGAUUCGGGCGUCUGGACGGGCCUUUGAGGCUGGAUGGGAAGCGAUGGGAUGAUAUAUGGGGAAUGGGACGAGGUGCAAGGUAGGAGGCCGAUAUGUGACCUUAUAGCCCUUAUACAACAUGCGCAUAGCAUUGCUUGGCAAGUCCUUGUGAUAUUGCAUACAUUUUUCAACACUGUUUUGCUGUCUACUGGCCUGCACCUUAUUUCAUUAAAUGCCUGGAUUAGUUGCAGUUGAGUUCAUUUGUUACCUUGAGAGCGACUGCCAAUGUAUACCUAUUGAUCAAGGAAAGGCUUAGAAAACGGCCAGCUUUUCUAGCUCAGCAAUCACUUUUGGAAUACCCAGUAAAAACAAAAACAGGCUUUCUAGGUACCUGGGUAGGUACCUAUUUACUUAGCUACCUUA